CCGUGUGCGUGAGUGUCGACUGUCGAAUCUUCCGCAAACAAAAAUAAACAGCGCCUUGACGCGACACACACUCCCAAUCUCACGUCGGCAUUGUUAUCAAGUGCGAUAAUUUCCACACACAUCGUCCGACGAAAUUUGCAAUCGUUUGCUAUCGACUGCGGUCGACGUGUGCGCGCGACGAAAACAGAAAAACAAAAGUUGUUUAUGUAACAAAGUCAACGCAUAACCUCGAAACAUCCGACGCAGUGCGAUGGUGUUGCGAUUGAUUGCGCUGCAGAGAAAGCAAUAAUUAUCAAUAAAAACACGUGUGGCCAGUAUGCGGGAGUUGCUGUGGCUGUUGUGCUUCGAAUGUGUGCUGAGCGGCACACGAACAUCGACGCUGUGGCGGCUGAGCGCCGACCAGACGAAAAUCAUCAAUGCACAAGUGAAUUCACACGGUGAAGAUGCAUUGGCGAUGCAGAUGGGUAAUAAAAGAGAGUAUGAUCCAGUCAGUGAUACGGUAUUCGGUAUCAUUGCGUCUACAGUUCAUUUCGAGGGUGAUGUUUGGUUGAAGAGACACAUUGAGGAUUGCUGUUCGGAUUGCACAUUUAAUAUAAGCGGAACGUCAAUGAGGAACCGAAACAGUUUCACGAUGGAAGCCGAAGUUGAAUUGGACUGCGGUAAAUCUGUCAACUUCACAUAUUAUGACAAUCUAGUCGGUAUAUCUAAUCGUCAUCGCCACCCGAAGAUCUCCGAACAUCAAGCCGGGUUGAUUUUCAGCAAGUACAAAAAACUCAACAUGAAAGGCGAUUUUGACCUUGAUGCACUCGAGAAAAAGCUUAAAAAAGCCAAACGAGAGUCUUACAAGAAAGCAAAGUCUGUAAAUCUGUAUAAUCAGAUAGGCAACUAUUGGCACUACAAGGGUGACACACAACGCUCGAUCGAGUGCUUCCGUCGUGCGCUUUCGGUAUCGCCGCACGCAGCCGACGUGCUCCUUAACCUGGCGCGCGUGCUCUUCACGCUGCAGUACUUAGACGACGCCAUUUUCCUCACGCGGCGUUCCCUCGAGGUGCAACCGACUGACAAAGCCGCCUGGCAGCAUUAUUUCACGCUCGGUGAGAUCUUCAAAACGUACGGCCAUUACCAAGAUGCGGCGGCACAUCUUCGACACACGCUCGAGUUGAAGCCGGAUCUGGAGUUGGCUGUAGCGGCGCUGAAAGAAAUGGAAGCACUACCAGCGGACGCUGUGCACUUCUACACGCUGGUAAUUAUAAUGUGUCUCGUCGUUAUUGUACUCAUGGUGAUUGUCACCAAUGUGGAGCCGUUGGGUGCGCCGACAGAUGGCGGUGGUAGUCAUGAGGGGCAAAAAGUACAACGCCAUUUUAACAAAGCCAUGGCGAUGAAAACCCUGCGCGGUUUCGGUCUGAAAAAUGGCCGACAGCGUGGGAAAUGAUUAUUGAGAGUAAGCGUCGACGAGGUUUAAUUUAUUUCAGACUACUAGUUAAUAAAAGAAACUGCCAUUUUGUUUUCGUUGUCUAAAACUCAAAAA